AUGAUGGAUUGGAGGGAGAUAUCAAAAGCUUUUUGCCUUGGUUUUUUUCCGUUGCGCUGCCAUGAUUCGAACCUUUUUCUCUUUUUCUUGAAAACUCUUUGUGCCAAUUUAGCGUGAUGAACGAAUUUGAUGGAGGGAUGGAUGGAAAGGGUGGCGGCGUGUAUCUGAUAUGAGGGGUGGAUGGCCAGCUUUGAUUUCUUCUUUACGUGCGCUUGUAAUAAUAGAGGCGGCGGCUUUGCUUGGUUUUUUCGACCCUCAUAGCUUCAUGUCUUCUUCCUGCCUUUUCGUUCCUCCUUUGACCGCUAGCUGCUCGCAUUGUGCUGGUCACGAAAUGUACAUCAGCGGGAAAGAACACCAAAAAAAGAACUUGUAUAGAAAAGGAACCUUUGCCUAGUACUACAUUCCCAA